GGCAUAACUUCACUACAAAUAUUUUAUAUUUUCCUGACUAUAGAAUCCAUUUGUGAUUUUACCCUUUUUUUCUUUUUCGUUUUCAUCUAUUUUGCUAUUUGAUUUACUUUACUUGUUAUUUCUAUAUUCUGUUUUGAUUCUUUUUAGUUUUGAUUUCCAUUUGCCUGUUUGAUUUAUAUCUGGAUCUCACGGUUGGUAACUCGGGUGCUGCAUCCCGUUGCAGCACCUGUUUUUUCCUUUGCUGUCAUCAGCACCUGUUUUUUCCUUUGCUGUCAAAUCGUGUGUUUUGUCUUGUCUCAUCACCCGUGUGCUACAUCCUGUGGCAGCACUCGAUUUUUCAUUUGCCGUCAAAUAGUGUGUUUUGUCCUAUAUCAUCACUCGAGUGUUGAGGGGUUAAGAAACACUCGAGUUUCAUAUAGACAGCUCAAAAAAAAAAACAAGAUCCUUUAGAUUCAGAGUAUCCUCGCCAACGUAGACUCUGAAAACAUUCUCAUGUGUAGUGUAGGCACCGCUGUUUAACUAGCAACAUCUAGAUAGAUUCUCCGGUUGUUUAAGCCCAGCGCAAAGCAUGGGAUUUACCCGAAUUAAUUUCCCUAUUAGGCUAUUAGUCCAGUUUCCUCUUGAACCAAUGGAAAGCUAACCAAGCAAUGUGAUGGUUAUUGUUUCUAAUUAAAGACGCACCGAUUUUGGUCAACCAGCAUCUGCUCCACCUAGAAAUCACUACAUACAUCGUGGAUUGUUCUCGCACUGUGUUGGUGUUUUACCGCCAAGCCCACCGAGAGAUACCCCCAAGGUGGUAAGAUGUAGGCAGGGACUCGCCGAGAUUUGAACUCGAAGGUACAAGUAACACGAGACUUUAGACAGGUUUGGGCCGCCGAGAGAGUAAUACCCUACGUCUUGUGUGUUGUGUAUUGUCUUAGAUGAUUGUCUGUUUUGGAGGGGUCCCUGCUCGCCCUUAUAUAGUCUAGGGGGACAGUGUUACAUGGAAAUCCUAGCCGAAUACUAGCCUAGAGUCCUACUCGAGCCCGGUCGAGUAGUUUCCUUUUAUGUCGACUAGUUCUAUUUUUGUUCGGGUAGUUACAAGAGGAUAACGUACAUGCCAUGUGCUAUCCCUUAUUCUAGAACAUUCUACGCCUAUGAGCAGCCCCGCUGCCCCGGGUUUGACACACUGUCAAAAUCUGUGUUAGAUGAAACUGAACUUAUUAACCUGAUCUUAAUCAACCCAUUGGAACCAAUUUUUUAGGUCAAUAGCUCUCUAGUUUUGGUCUUUCUCUCAAAGAAACAUCAGAGAGCUGCAACUCAUUCAUUGAAGUGGGUGGAAAAUAACUUUUUGUUACAGAUUACUGGUUUACUUUGUUCAUAUAAACAAUGCACUGCCAGAAGUGCCAAUUAGUACAACGAAAAGAAACCAUUGAGGGCAAGGAGGCCCCCCCCAGAAACAAAGUGAUGGAACUUAUCCAAGAAGCUGAUAGAUCUAAAUGGAUGGUGCACAGUAACCAUAGCAUAAAAUGCUUCACAAAAGGCGACAUAGACAAAAUGACCAACAGCUAUCGAACUUGUCUUGGAAGAGGUGCCUUCGGAGAAGUAUACAAAGGGGUUCUUGAGGACGGAAGCAUGGUUGCAGUGAAAAGGUUUAUCCACAAUGUGAAAGAAAACUUCGCUAAAGAGCUGAUCGUCCAUCGUGAAAUCAACCACAAGAACGUAGUGAGGCUCAUUGGUUGCUGUGAGGAGGAAAAUGCCCUUAUGCUGGUCACUGAAUAUGUCGCUAAUGGAAAUCUAAGUGAUGCUCUUCACCAUGACAAUCUUCCCAUCCCUUUGGAUAUAAGACUUAGGGUCGCCGUCGAGUGUGCGGAGGCGUUGGCGUACAUUCAUUCUCACAUGUAUACUCGGGUUAUCCAUGGCGACAUCAAGCCUGGUAACAUACUUUUAGAUAGCAACUUCCAUGCAAAAUUGUCAGACUUCGGAAUAUCAAGACUAGCCAACACGGAUAAGACACUGCACACCGAGAAUGUCAUAGGAAGCAUAGGUUACAUGGAUCCUCUGUUUGCUUUGGAUGGGCGUCUCACUGUGAAGUAUGAUGUUUAUAGCUUUGGAGUUGUUCUCCUUGAGCUGAUGGCCAGGAAAAAGGCAACAACAGUAGUUGACAACGUCAACAUUGUUUAUGCAUUUACUAGUGCUCUUGCAAGGGGGUCCGGAGGUGUGAGAUGGAUGUUUGAUGCUGAAAUUGCAAGCAAGGAUAAUAUGAAGGUUGUUGAAGGGGUUGCAAAGAUAGCAGGUGAAUGCGUAACGAUGGAAAGGGAGAAACGCCCUGAGAUGAUUGACGUGGUGGAACGUCUUAGGGUGCUACGACAGAAAGCUUCACGUCAGGAUCAGGCAUCGCAACACUCAGGUCUGUUCUCUUGGGCUAGGAGGAACAAGACAGCACCUCCAGCUUCAGCGAACAUCCCAGCCAAUAUUUUGCCGUCAGGGACCAGUUCUAAGAACAGCAGCAAGAAUGCCAUCACCUUUGAUACCAAGAUAUCCUGCUCUUCAUCGUCGGUGCCACCUACUCCUCGUACGGAGACAGAGAUUCUGGAGUCAUCAAAUGUCCGAAAGUUCACCUUCAGUGAGCUGAAAGGCUCCACAAGGAACUUCAGAUUGGACAGCAUGCUCGGGGAGGGAGGCUUUGGCUCGGUGUACAAGGGAUGGAUGGAUGAGCGCACGCUUGCACCUGUGAAACCGGGCACUGGGAUGAUUGUCGCGGUGAAGAGGCUCAAGCUCGACAGCUUCCAAGGGCACAGAGAAUGGGUGGAUGCGGUAAAUUACCUAGGGCAGUUGUCCCACCCUAAUCUUGUGAAACUUAUUGGGUACUGCUGGGAGGAUGAAGAACGGCUUCUUGUGUUUGAGUACAUGCCAAGAGGGAGCUUGGAGCAUCAUCUUUUCAGGAGAGGGUCGUACUUCCAACCGCUCCCAUGGAACUUACGGAUGAAGGUUGCACUUGAGGCGGCCAGAGGCCUUGGUUUCCUGCACGGCGACCAGGCUAAAGUUAUCUAUCUUGAUUUCAAGACCUCCAAUAUUCUUCUCGACUCGGAGUACAAUGCAAAAUUGUCUGAUUUCGGUUUGGCAAAAGAUGGUCCAAGUGGUUAUACAAGUUAUACUAUCCCUACUAUGCUCAUGGGGACGACCUUCACGGGGACAAACGGAUAUGCUGCCCCUGAAUAUAUUGCAACAUUCAUGGGGACACACGGAUAUGCUGCCCCUGAAUAUAUUGCAACAGGCCAUUUGACCGCGAAGUGUGAUGUGUACAGCUACGGUGUUGUUCUUCUGGAGUUGCUGUCUGGGCAGCGUGCUCUGGACAAGAACCGCCCACCUGGCCAGCACAGGCUGGUGGAGUGGGCUAGGCCUUACAUCACCAACAAGCGGAGGGUGUCCCGUUUCUUGGACUCGCAGUUGGAUUCCCAGUAUUGCCUUCCUGCGGCGCAGAAGACCGCAGCCCUAGCACUGCAAUGCUUGUCGAUGGACCCACAAUGCAGGCCUGGCAUGGAUCAGGUUGUGACCUUGUUAGAAGGCCUUCAAGACACCAAGAGUGCAUUGAAAUCUGGCAAGUAGGAGAAUUGCUAGUUACGGUUGUCCUUGCCUCUUUGAAGGAUCGUCGUCUUGUAGGACUCCAAUGGAGUAAAACGGUGAACGGAUGAGGGAUUUCAGGGGCAACUAGCUUCUGACGAGUGUAUAAUAUUAAUAUAUCUUGCUUUGUGUAUUGCUACCUGCUUCGUUGGUGCAACUUUUUCUCUACAUAUGUAUAUUUUAGCAGUCCACUUGUGUUGUAUCUAAGUUAAAAAAUAGUUCUUUU